UCGUGGACCAUAGGCCAGGCCGUCAACACCACAUCAGGACUCGUUCACGGCCAUAGAGCACCUAACGCGACCCUCGUGUCCGAAUAUCUCGGCAUCCCCUUCGCGCGACCACCCGUCGACGACCUCCGCUUCGCGCCUCCAGUCAAGUAUCAUAACACUUCCAGCGUAUCAGGAGCAGCAUUCGGCUUCUCCUGUCCGCAAAUCAUAAGUCCGCCACCAGAAAAUGUCUCUUACUCUGCACGUAACGUCGCAGCUGUAGUAGGAAACUACGGCCAAAUCCCCAACGAAGACUGUCUGACACUCAACAUCUGGACCAAACCUCAGACAGGCUCUCUCCUGAAGCCUGUCAUGGUGUGGAUCUACGGCGGUUCGUUCGACGGAGGAGGUUCCAACUUGACAGGCUACAGCGGUCAGUAUUGGAGUGACACCGAAGACGUCGUCUUCGUCACCUUCAACUAUCGCCUAGGAAUCUUUGGCUUUCCAGGUGGACCGGAGCUUACCCAGAAUGUCGCCCUGCUAGAUCAAAGGAUGGCCCUGGAAUGGGUCAGGGAUAACAUCGGAGGCUUCGGUGGGGAUCCUGGCCGCAUCACACUCUUUGGCGAGUCGGCUGGGGCUGGUAGUACGGAUUACUACACGUAUAUAUGGCUCGACGAUCCCAUCAUCCAAGGUGCAAUCAUGCAGUCGGGAAGCGCCUCCGCGAACGGUACCAACUCUCCAGCCGCCACGCAGGCCGCAAGAUGGUACGAUGUGGCAAGAGCUGUCGGAUGCGGAGACAACACUACACACUCUACGGAGGCCGUUGUGGAUUGCAUGCGCAACUCACGCAACGUCACCACGGAAAAGCUGUUGGCUAGCACUACUCCCUCUUCCGUGCCCUUCAAGGCCGCUUUCGGCCCCACCGUUGAUGAAAAGACCGUGUUCAGCAAUUACAGCCAACGGGUGCAAGCCGGAAAACUGAUGAAGACACCCGUCCUCGUGGGCAGCAACGACGACGAAUUCGGACUCAUCAGCAUCGUGCCACUAGGCAACAUCACCCUGCCCAAAUCCCCCGAGCUUCUCCAGCCAUUGCUUGACCAAGGCACUAAAGCAUCCUUCACGUGUCCAGCAAACGAACAAGCUCGCCUCAGAUGGAGUCUUGAUAUCCCCGCCUGGCAGUAUCGAUACUUCCCCUCGUUCCCCAACAUCAAUAUCCCUGGCGCAGAGGGCCGAGCGUACCACAGUUCAGAAAUCUGGCCCAUGUUUGGCACCGAUCAAUCGGUUGGAAAAGCUCCUUCUACGGAUGCAGAGAGGACGGUUGGGAAUUAUGUGAGGAGUGCUUGGGCGGCGUUCGCUCAUUGUCCGGAGAAGGGGUUGAGUAAUCUUCUGGGCUGGCCGGAAUACAGUCCACAACCAAAUAGUACGAGUCUGGUAUUGCUCGGCAAGGAUUUAGGUCGAGUGGUGGAGUUCAGUCCAAGAAGUGCGUAUGACGGGAAUUGUUGA